AAAAAAAAAAAAAAAAACUUCAUCUCUUUUUAUAGUCAUCUCCGCCACAUCGGAGUUGCAGCCCCGCUCUCACCGCCAGCCCUUAUUUUCUGACUUUAUCUUUUUAAUCCUUCAUAUCGUUAUCCGUCUCUCGUCAUUGUGACAGAGACUUUAUUACUAAUUUCAUACAUAUAGCAUAUAUAGUAUUAUUACUUUUAAUUUUAUUGUUAUUCUUUUUCUUUUUUGUGGUUCUGUUAAUUUAAUCGGAAAUUUUUGUUUCAAUUAACCAAAAAAAAUAAAAAAAAUUUGAAGUUUGAAACCCUAGAUUUUCUUUUUCUUUUUCACCUUGUUUUUUUAGGUUGUCAGGGGGCAACUUUAUAAUAUUUGUUUGGAUUCAAAGAGGUGUAGAUUGAGAGAGCGGAGAUAUAUAUUUUUUUUUCUGGGUCUUUUGAGGGAUGGCUGCGAAUGGGCAGGGCAUUGAGCCUGCCGUGCUGGAUGACAUAAUCAACCGGUUGUUGGAAUUCCGGCAAGCUCGUACCGUGCGUCAAGUCCAGCUCUCGGAGGCGGAGAUCCGCUCUCUCUGCACCGCUUCCCGUGAAAUCUUCCUUCAACAGCCUAACCUUUUGGAGCUUGAAGCGCCUAUCAAGAUCUGCGGUGACAUUCAUGGGCAAUAUGGUGAUCUCUUGAGACUCUUUGAGUAUGGAGGUUUUCCUCCCGAGGCCAAUUAUUUAUUUCUUGGGGAUUACGUUGACCGUGGAAAGCAGAGCCUUGAGACAAUCUGCCUUCUUCUUGCUUACAAGAUUAAGUAUCCUGAGAAUUUCUUCCUUCUGCGAGGAAAUCAUGAAUGUGCAUCGAUUAAUAGGAUAUACGGGUUUUAUGAUGAAUGUAAACGCCGGUUCAAUGUCAGGCUUUGGAAAAUCUUUACGGAUUGCUUCAAUUGUCUUCCUGUAGCUGCUUUAAUUGACGACAAAAUACUCUGCAUGCAUGGGGGUCUCUCUCCAGAUUUAACGAACUUAGAUCAAAUAAGAAACUUGUCACGUCCAACUGAUGUUCCAGACUCUGGCCUGCUUUGUGAUUUACUUUGGUCAGAUCCUUGUAGAGAAAUUAGAGGUUGGGGAAUGAAUGAUAGGGGUGUCUCAUUCACGUUUGGUCCUGAUAAGGUGGCAGAAUUCUUGAUGCAGAAUGAUAUGGACCUUGUUUGCCGUGCCCAUCAGGUUGUGGAGGAUGGAUAUGAAUUUUUCGCCGACAGGCAACUAGUAACCAUAUUCUCCGCUCCAAAUUAUUGUGGUGAAUUUGACAAUGCUGGUGCAAUGAUGAGUGUAGAUGAAAGUCUAAUGUGCUCCUUCCAGAUUCUGAAGCCAACUGAGAAAAAGCCUAGGUUCUUGUGAGGCAAAUAUCUGUAGCCGAUAAUUCGAGUUUCUGAGGAUGGACAAGGUUAUGUUCGUUGAAUUAUGCUCUGAUUUCAUAUUUUUGAAUAUAUGCAGGUGCUGUACUUUGUAGUCUCGAUGCGCUAAUUUUUUUGUUAAUCUUGAAUCUGUAUGAGCUACUUGUGCUCCCAAUUGUUUGUUAUGCCAGAUUCGAGAGUCUUGAAUCCUUUUUGCUAAUGCUAAUAGAGUCUUAGACCUUGAGCACUUAUUCAUCGAUUCAGCUAAGUUAAGGAAUGAUAUUGCCAUUAUAAACUUUGGAAUCCUAAAGCACAUUUGUUUCUAUCGUAUUUCCCAACUUUUAUGUCUGAGAUGGAGUGACACUUGUGUAAGCGUCUAAGAGAUGCAUUAUCUGAAUCUUGUCGGAACAGUUGUUAAAUGUGGCGACGCUGUUUGCAUGGUCACUUGGUUUAUAGCACAUAUUGUCAUGUUUUGGUUAUAAUAUCUAAUUAUUCCCGCCUUCUGAUUAGGAUGCAUUAACUUAUCAUAUGCAGUAAUCCACCUCAAACGUGAACCAAACAGUUUCUCUCGCUUCAGCUUAGCUGGAAGUUGAACCUGGAUAAGGAACAUACAUUUUGUUUUGUGUGGGAUGGGAGAUUCGUAACCCUGCCUGUGUAGUCAUUCGGGAGGCAGCAAGUGUUCUCCGAGUGGCGGUGAUUCAGAAGUCUUUUUCAUUUUCUUUCUUUUUUGAUGUCAUGUUGAAUCUUUGAUGCAACCUUACGAUUUGACUGUGUAAAUACAUUGGCUUUGUAAAUCGCUGGGAAUUCUGGAUUAUUGAAUAAUCAUGCAUUUGAAGAUUGGCCUCCGCAGUCCCAUCGCCUUCUUACUUCUGUUUUACAUCUGAGAUCUUUUGAGACUUUCUCUUCGUCGAAGCAAUCUCUUGAUAACGGUAGUGAGUUAACUAUUGGAAUAAUAAGCGGUUAAAUAGACCACUAUUUUUGGUAAUAAGCCUUCCCUAGGGAAUCCAUGUUAACACAACAUUCCUAUAUUGUUAAUCAUUUUCUUCUAUGAGGAGCUGAUCCUGGUGUUGUUUAUCUUUCAAAAAGUGCCCCGAACGAUUUAUCUUUGUAUUAUUCUUUUUAAUAAGGACCGGAGGAGGGAGUAGUUUCGUUGGAGUAAUAGUUUUCAUCAAUUUAUAGAGAUCAGGA